AUGGAAAGUAGCUGCUUCCUUUUCCAUGACAGCCUUUUCUUCGUUCUCCCACAGGUUGGAGAUGAGAUAGUGGAGAUCAACGGAGAGCCGGCGCGGGGCAUCUCUCACACUCGAGCGAUAGAGCUGAUCCAGUCUGGAGGGAACAAAGUGGUUCUGCUGCUGAGACCCAGAGCAGGCCUGGCUCAAGACAGCAGUCCGCGUGAUCCAAAAGUCAUUUCACCUCCUCUCAGCUACUCUGAAGGAGAGGUGUUCUUCUCCGACUCGUCACCCUUGUCUUCUCCAUAUUCCACUUCCGGGGCUUCCGUCUAUGCUUCCUCCCAUCUCUCCGGCAAACUCAAGCAUUCCCGCAGCUGGAGCACCAAUGUUUCUGUGCCAGGCAUUAGCAACUCGCGCAUUAGCAACCCCAGGACUCUGACUUCUGUGGAUGAGGCGAGUGAGUGGGCAGACAAUGAGGCAGAACCACUGUCCCCCCGUAGCUCUGAGCAAGUCCCAUUUUAUUCCAGGGCCAGGCCAGGAAAGGAUGCUAGUAAACUAACCAGCCCAAAGAAAACUGUGGAUACACCCAAAGCCAAAGAGCAACAUCCCAGACCUAAAAACACAACAAAUGUGCAAGAGGUGGCACCAAUCAGAAAAAACACAUCCCCGACCAGGACGAAAACUGCAAACAUCAAGAAGACAUCGCCUCCAGGCAAACAGCAGGGAGCACUAACCCCACUGCAUCAUGAUCUUCAACAAACUAAGGGAUUAAAGGAGUUUUCCAGUAAAGAGAGCUUAGAUUUUGAAAAGAGAAAUGGAAACCUGGCGAUCAGAGGAUUAGCCCGAGAGAUGGAAGGGAAAGGAGGAGGAGAAAGGACAAUGGCAGGCCACAAGCAGGAGAGUUUCAAAAGGAGGGUUGGGGGAGUGACGCAUCAUCACAGGACAGCUCCAAACGUGAACAAACACAGGGACAGAGAUAACAGAACAGACUCAGGGCUCAGAGAUGGUAAGAUGAAAACGUCUGAGGGAAAUAGCAUCAGGAAAGAAAUCAAAAGAGAAUCACCAUCGUCUUUUAAGGAUUUAUUAAAAGGAAAAAAGUCUGUAGAUUCUCCCAGUGAGUCCAAAGAGAGAGGCGCCUCUCAUUUCAAAGAGGGCAGUCAGGAGCUCUCCGUCGCCUCUGUUCCAGGGACCCCACAGAGCCCAAAGGGACCUAUUAGCCCUGGCCCUUGGAAAGUGCCAAGCUCAGCCAAAAUCCUCUCUGAAGCCGAGGUCCUCCGUGACCCUUUGUGAAUAUUGAAUCCCGGUCUGUGACUCGAGCUGUGCCAUGGAAUAAUAUUAGCCCGUUUUUAUUUCAGAGUUCUUCCAUAAAGCAGAGGAGUGCAUGAUGGUGCCACUUCGAUAGUCAGUUUCCACUAUAUUUUUCAGAGUUACCGUGGCAUGUAGCAGCGUCCUUCUGCCAUGUCUACUGCCUCACAUGUGGGAUUUUGGGGUGUGUUACGGGCAACGCCAGAGAAAACCUUAUACGAAAUGUGAAUAUGUGCCAACUGCGCGUCACCCAUUACAAUGCAAAGACCCAUAUGCAACUCAAGACUUGCUGCCCAUUGACAACGGUCUCAUAUUGGUUUACUUUUUGAACUCUUGUCUCUUUGAGGGACAGCUUUUCUCAAAUGUUUGCCCAAAUGCAUGCAGUCGAUUCCUGUUCUUUUUACUGCUUUUAACUUCUCAUUUUUCAGCACAAGACAACCCAGCAAACAUUAAUUUCAUUGGACGCUAGACUGUUCUGUUGUAACAGCAUCAUUUAAAAGACCAGAAACUUGUGGUUAGAGAUCUUGUUUACCGUGUGUAUAAUAGCAAAUCUGUGUGUAAUUUAUUGAGAUUAUAUAGAUUAAUAUAUAUGUACAUGUAGCUGUACCAAGCCAUUCCGCAUUUUUAUAUAGACUCAAAGAUUUGUCCUAACCCCAUGAGAUUGCACCAUCCAAUGUAUUCAAGUGGUAGGAAUAACCUUGGAUCUUUGUAGUUCAUGAACUGCUGUACCAAAUUGUUUGCAACUGCUCAAAACGUGUCUCAUUGUGGAAUUUAAUAUAUACAUUAUUAUAUAUUUGAAUGUGUCAUGUUUUACAGAUUCUAACUUUUAAACUAUCUAUUGAACUCCAUUGCACUGCAUCUGCCCUAGUAGCAUAAAAGAAUGGCAAUGAGAUGUGAAAAUGAAAGCUGUAUUUUAUUUGUGACUUGCUAUUAACAUAUGCUUUUUCUUUUUAACUUUACAGUUUAUAUCUACAGCUUCAUUGUUUAAGUUUAUUACAGAUUUUUAUGUUGAUGAGUUUUGGCUUGUCUGUAUAUGAAAGUGUGCCCAGGUCCCUGUUAAGAUGAAACUGUUAGAGUGUAUAGUUUAUGCUAAUGGAACAUUGAUGUACACUGAUGGUAAGAAAGGGACUUGUUUGAGAUUGAGACUUGUGUGUGUUUAGUGCUCAGGGAACACAAAGUAGCAACAUGUGAUCAGGGAGGUGAGCAGCAGCUGUUUGAUGAAAAUGCUUGGUUUAAUCAUGGUUCAGGCUCUCAGUAAUGUAAAGUGAAGAGCGUAGCAAGCAGGGGUCAGUUUGUGCAAUAGUCUGGAUUGAUAACUUGAUAAAUCCUACUCCUCUUAUCAGGUACAUACAGUUUGUCAUUUCUCUCUCCAUCCCCUGCCCUCUGUGCUUCUGCUCUUUAGUUCUGGACCUUUUGUUUCCCCUCUCUGCAUCAUAAUGUGGCCUUGCAUCACGUCAUUAGAAAACAAUCCUCAUUGUAUCUUCUACAUGUAGGGCUGGUAGAUGUAAAUCUUUGUACAUUGUACAGCACCUUUAUAAAUAGUCGCUGAGUGCAGAGGGAGAAAAAAUAGACGUAUAAUAAUAAAAUGCUCCAUUAUUUUUUUAUGUAAAAAAGAGUAUUUAUCAUGGAUAGAAAUGGAUUGGCUACGACCUUGACAUGGUGUUCUGCUCAUGCACUGAAAAUAAAGUUUUACUGAAAACAUG